UCUAUUUCCAAGCCCCUUUGACCUCAAAUCCAUACAACCAUGACCAUGGCAGCCCCCUCUCGCUCGUUUCUCUCAAACGCCAGGUUCAUGGUGGAUAUGCCGGCCGCUAUCAGCGCCUUGUCGACUGUUGUGGACUCGACGUCUCUCGGAUUUGGCUACAAACCCCGAGAGUUCGACGUGGUCUGCGGCCGGGGAAAAGGUAGCUAUAACCGACCUGGUAAUCUUCAUAUGCGUCGUAUCGUGCGGACAUACAUUGACGAAUACCUUGCGGCCAAGAGCAAACUCGAUAAAAGCAUCGUGUUAAAUAAGGUUUUGGAAGAAGUGCGCUCACAAGGUGAUGGCUCUGCGAUGCUUGUCAAGCAAAACAAGGAUGGUUCUUGGAUGGAGAUCGGGGAUGAUCAGGCACGCGAAAAAAUUGGGCACGCUAUUCGAGAAGCCAUCAGUGCGAGAGAGCCUUCUCAUCAAAAGGUUCAUCAGCGGCCCAUUUUCAAAGCGAAGCAAGAGGACUUAUUGUCUGUUCAACAAGAUAUGUUCAAUCAGAUGAGAAGGAACAACACUGAGAAGAAUGCUCAGGCCAUGAAGCAGCCACCAAACCCCUGGUCGGCCUAACUGUAAACUUUUUCACAUGAACAAAACCAGUCAUUGUCUUUCUUGGAUUAAAUCGUGUUGACAUGACAUGUUUUAUCGUAAACCUGCACAAGAUACUUGGACCUUUUAUUUGCAAAAUGAAUUGGAGAAAAUUGAAUUAUAAUAGUGGUUUAUCCAUGA